AUGCCUCAAAAGUUGACAGUCGCGGUGGCGCAAACCCGCACACUUUCAUCUCUCGGAGCCACACUUGCCGCUUUGAAGAGCAUCACCGAGCAUGCCGCAUCUCGAGGAGUGAAGCUCUUGCUUUUCCCUGAGGCUUAUUUGGGAGGAUAUCCUCGAACCUGCGAUUUUGGCACCGCAUUUGGUGCCCGGGCUCCUCACGGUCGGGAGCAGUUCCUCCAAUAUUUCAAGGCUGCUGUGGACCUCGGCGACACCCCCGCAGGAGCAGGCGAUGACUGGGUCGAGCGCAAGCUUCCUGUGGCCAAGGGAUCUGACCGCCGUGGAGAUGGAACACGGGAGUUUCUGGAGCAGGUCUCUAGAGAGACUGGUGUCUUCAUUGCCACUGGAUUGAUCGAAAAGUCCGGCGGUACUUUGUACUGCUCUGCCGUAUUCGUCGAUCCGGCCUCUGGAGUCAUUGGAAAAAGGCGAAAGGUUAUGCCUGUAAGUAUUGAUGUUACCCCAUAUAUCAAUUCUACUACAAAGAUCAAGCCUAAUUUCUGUCAGACCGGUUCUGAACGUCUUGUUUGGGGUCAAGGCUCAGCCUCCAGCCUCAAGGCCGUUACUACUGAGCUCAACGGUGUCAAGCUGACUCUCGGCCUCGCCAUCUGCUGGGAGAACUUCAUGCCUCUGCUUCGUCAGAGCCUCUAUUCACAGAAUGUGAAUAUCUAUCUUGCGCCCACGGCUGACAGUCGUGACACUUGGUUGCCGCUCAUGCGAACCAUUGGAGGCGAGGGCCGCACCUUUGUCCUUUCUGCCAACCAGUGUGUCCGAUACAAUGAGCUUCCUUCUUGGAUCACCGAUCAUGCGAAGGCUGAAGAUAAAGCCGAUGGUAAGAUGUUAUCUCCGAGCCUCAGCAAUGCCUGCAACCUUGAUGGAGUACCAAAAUAUUCUAACAAACUACCCAACACAGGAGACCGGUAUAUUUGUCGCGGCGGAUCUUGCAUCGUCGGACCGCUCGGUGAAGUCAUUGCCGACCCAACUUGGGAGACCUGUGUUGAUGACAAGCUUGAAUCCGCGGACUCGAGCGAUAUUUCCAGCAAGGAUGGCCUUCUGAUCCAUGAAAUUGACAUUGAGGACUGCGAGCGUGGCAGACUCGACAUGGAUGUUGCCGGUAGCUAUUCCAGAAACGAUGCGUUCAAGCUGACCGUGGAAGGACUGGAUCUUAACCCGCCACCCUUUUAA